UGCUGCAGGGGAGAAUGAAGGAGAAGACGCAAAGCCCAAGAUGAAGGCUGGUUUUGUGCCCGGCUUGGCAGCGCCCAAAAUCCCAGAAGGAGAAAAAGUGGACUUUGAUGACAUUCAUCGAAAACGAAUGGAGAAGGACCUGACCGAGCUCCACUCUCUGAUUGAUGCUCACUUCGAGCAGCGCAAGAAGGAGGAAGAGGAGCUCAUCAGCCUCACAGAUCGCAUUGAGGCACGCAGGUCAGAGAGAGCAGAGCAGAUGAAGAUCAGGGCAGAAAGAGAAAGAGAGCGGCAGAACAAACUAGCUGAAGAGAAAGCGAAAAAAGAAGAGGGAGAGGCGAAGAAGAAAGCAGACGAUGAUGCGAGGAAGAAAAUGAUUCUGUCCAACUUGACCUUCACUGGAUACAAGCAGACACAACCCGGCCAAAAGAAACAAACGGAAAGAGAAAAGAAGAAGAAGAUCCUGAGUGAUCGACGCAAAGAGUUAAAUGUUGAGCACAUGAAAGAGGACAAACUCAGGGAAAAAGCCAAGGAACUGUGGGAUUGGAUGCGCCAGCUGGAGGCUGAGAAAUUUGACCUUAAGGAUCAGUACACGAAGCAAAAGUAUGAGAUCACCGUGCUAAGAAACCGGGUCAGUGAUCAUCAGAAAGUUUCAAAGGGUAGGAGAACCAAGCGCGGCCUGAGGAAGUAACACCUGACGUCAACCUGAGGGAAACUGACGACACCUGACAUUUAUUGAGAAUCAAAAACUGCAUAAUGAUGUUUUCUAAAUACUUGAACAUGCAAGAACAAAAUUACAAAUGCUCUUAAAUAUGUAUCUGUGAACAAAGUGCAUGCUGAGUUCAUCUGAGGCAGUAUAGAGGUAGAAGGCUGAUGUGUUGCAGCUUGUGUUCAUGGAGCAGGGAGGAGCGUAACACAUGAAAAUGACUUUACUAUAUGAAAAGAAUUACGAUGUGACAGCAUUUUAAUGUAACCCUAGCUUUAUGUUCACUAAAUCUGUCAAUUUUAGAGUACUAAAAGUGAAGGUUAAACUAAUGAAUCGGUUCUUGUGUGUACUAGUUUGUGGCUGCAAUGAAUUAAAAAAAUCUUUAUGUACCAAACCAGAAAUAAUGUCUUCUUUCUCUUAAGUCAUGGUUCGUUAACUUAAUUGUGAUGAUAUAAAAAACACACCUUCUUUAAUAAGGUCAAAUUCUUGUUGCCAAAUCCAGGUAGCCUUGGCGUGCACCCACAGCAUUACCAGCCUUCCAUAAAUGGCCACACAUGAGGACAUAAAUCUAUCAGCGUAAAAUGAAACAAUUACGAGGCCUCAUAAAUCUAAACAUGACCCCUAAAUCCCCUCUUGGCCGCCAGUGGAUUACACAGUUUGGACUGCGGAGGACCAAAGUUCAAAUCUGGUCAACAAAUUACAUAAUGCACCGAGCGCAACAACAGCUGCAGUGUCUGGCUCUACGAGCUUCUUCUUAAGCCUCAGAAUAUAAAUUAUAAGGGUGGAGUAAACAGAAUUUGAAAGACAUGUUGCUUAUCUGCCCAGAAGCAUUUUAAACU